GGGGAAAGUCAGCAAAACUGUGCUACAUGCCAAGGGGAAACCCACGGAAAGUCUAGGCAGGCACAGCUUCUCUCAGGGUGGAUCCCAGCAGAUCUCGGAGGGCGGAGCCUUGCAGCUGUUCUGCAGUGCUUAUUGCCCCCCUUGCAUCUGUCCCCCACAGCCCCCUCCUUUCAUGCCUUUUUCUCCCAGCUGGCAGGGUACGAGGCUGCCUUGCCCAUCACAGAGAAGUCCAACCCAAUCACCCGGGAGCUGGACAAGGCGGACGCUGCGCAGAUCGUCCAGCUGCUCAGAGACUGUGAUGCAGAAAUAUUCCAGGAAGACGAUGAAGCUCUGGUCAACUACAAGAGGCUGUACAGCGAGUCAGUGCUGAAGACCAUGGUGGACAUAAUUGCCAAAGUGCAGGAGGUGCUGAAGGAACCAGACAACACGCUCAUUGUGCUGAGUGGAGGGGGAGCCUCUGGCCGGAUGGGCUUCCUCAUGGCAGUAUCCUUUAACAUACUCCUGAAGGGGUUGGGGCAGCUGCCCCAGUACACAUAUAUAAUUGCUGGGGGGGACAGGUCUCUUGUAGCAUCCCUGGAGGGCCCCGAGGACAGUGCGCUGCUGGGCAUUGAGGACCUAAAGAAGGUCUGUGAAGGGAAGAAGAAGGUCAUUUUCUUUGGGAUUUCAUGUGGUUUGUCUGCUCCCUACGUGGCUGGCCAGCUGGACUUCUGCAUGAACAACUUGGACAUCUAUGUCCCAGUUCUGGUGGGAUUCAACCCAGUCACCAUGGCCAGGACAGACAAGAUUGAGGGCUUCCACUCCACCUUCCGGCAAGUGGCCGAGAGGAUGGAGAAACUGCAGGAGACCCACCAGGCCUUCAUCCUCAAUCCUGCCGUGGGGCCUGAAGGGCUCACUGGCUCAUCCCGCAUGAAGGGCGGUAGCGCCACCAAGAUCCUUCUGGAAACUCUGCUCCUGACUGCACACAAGACAGUCUCCAAGGACAGCGAGAUCUCAGAGAAGUGUCUUCUGGAAAUCCUCCGCACCUACGAACGGGCCCACAAAGUCACCUAUGGUCAGAGCAAGAAGAUCGCUGCCCUUGUGAAGCAAGCAGGGACCAGCCUACAGAAGAAGGCUUAUGUCUACCUGGUCGGCUGGCACACCCUGGGCAUCAUUGCCAUCAUGGAUGGGGCCGAGUGCAUCCCCACCUUUGGGGCAGACAUCAACGAUGUCCGGGGCUUCCUCAUUGGGGACCGCAGCGAAAUGUUCAACAGAGAGGCUGAUCUGAUUGCACAGGGCCCCAAAUUUGCUUUCUCUGAAGAAGAUUUUGUGAAAACAAUCCUCCCAUCACUGACAGAGCUGGAUACUGUCCUCUUCCUUUUCACAGUGGAUGACAACCUUGAUGAAGUGGAGAAGUUGGUGGUUCAGGUGAAGGAGAGGACCUCGAACGUGCAAGGCCUUUCUCAUGCCACAGUCGGGCAAUACCUUCCGGCCUCGCUCAAGAAGCUCUUCCCCUCCAUCAUCAGCAUCAUGUGGCCCAUCCUGUUCCUGGAGUAUGAAGGCAAGUUCAUCCAGAGGUUCCAAAGGGAGCUCAGCACCAAGUGGAUCCUGAACACAGUCAGCACCGGGGCUCACGUGCUGAAGGGCAAGAUCCUGCGCAAUUACAUGGUAGACCUGCGAGUGAGCAACUCCAAGCUCUUCUGGAGGGCAGUCAGCAUCCUGCAGAGGUUCUCGGGGCAUCCGCAUGCCAAGUGCCUGGAAGGUCUCCUGCAAGCCAUCUAUGACCCUGAGCCACUCUCUGAGGAUCUCCGCACAGCUCCAAUCUCCAAGCACAUUGCCAUGGCAACAGACAAGAGCAAGGUUGUACCCACAGCCCUGCUCUGCCUCCUGCGUAGCUGCUCGGUGCCAGAGGCCCGCGCCCGCCUGGAUGCUGCUCCCUCCCUCCGAGCCGCCCUUGACACUGCACUGAAUGCUCCUGGAAGGAAGCGGGGGGCUGACAAGUCAGAACCUGAUGAGCCGAGCACAUAGGAAGGGGGACACUUCUUCCAAGGGGUCCCACAGCCUCAAGUCCCAGACGGUCUUCCAAGCAGAGGCACCCAGCCUUACGGGAGAGGCCUCACCUGAUACUGCCCUGCUGCUGCUGGCCUGUCUUCUCCCAGUGGGAAAAGGGGGUGGAGGGAAGGGAUGAGGAGGAAUCUGAGAUGAGAGCUACCAGAAGUGAGGCCAGGACAGGGACCCUGCUCUGCCAAGAAACAGGUUCUACUUCUCUUUGGGAGAUGGAUCUAUGCCUCGGGGGAAUGUCCUUCUUUGCCCCAUGGCAGGGUGGGCCUUAUCUCAGGAGCUGCCCUGCCCUGCCCCUCCAUGCACCCCUGCCAUUGGGCUGCCAUGCUAGAGGGUGUCAGCCUUUUCUUCCAGCCCCUCCGAUCUGUGCUUUCUCCUUGCCAGCUCACAUCCCUGGCACUGCCACCUGUGCCCUGUGCUGCGAGGCUGGCUGCCUGGUGGGCCAUGGUGUGCUAUUAGGGAGACAGGACAGGCUUCAAAUUCCCAGCCUGCCCUUCCAUGGCCACCAGCACCCAACUAGGCAGCACAGACUGGGCACCCACAGACUGAGCCCAAGCCAGGUGGGUCUUAGAGAGGCCUUCUCCAAGUCUCAUGAAAUGACCUGGGGGACUUUGCGAGGCUCGCAGCAAAUUUUCCGUGGUGUCUGUAGCCGGCAUAUGCUGGCAGUGUCAUUGUGUGGCCUGGUGGGAUGAGGUGGGCAUGGCGGGUGGGUUGGGGGUAAAGGGACCUGGGGCCACCCUGCCCCCUGGAGCCCCUGCCCCUUUCUCUGUCUCAGUGCAUGAGGUUGGCAUAGCUCAUUUCCUUCCUUUCUGCCCUGGAACCUGAGGUUGACUGUGUCACUCCUCCUGUCUUUGAUGGGGAACCAGCUGGUGAAUUCUGGGCUCCUCUCUUUUUGUAAUAAAAGAUGUGUCUAUGCA